AUGUCCUGCUGUCUGUCCAUAGGCCUGAUCCGGAGCGGCGUCCGAGAGCCCCGCCGCCACCCUCCGGUGUUGCGCAUGGUGCUGGAGGCGCUGCAGGCGGGGGAGCAGCGCCGGGGUACCUCGGUGGCGGCCAUCAAGGUUUACAUCCUGCAGAAGUACCCGACGGUGAACGUGCUCCGGUUCAAGUACCUGCUGAAGCAGGCCUUGGCCACAGGCGUGCACCGCGGCCUCCUCGUCAGGCCCGUCAACUCCAAGGCCCGGGGAGCCACUGGCAGCUUCAAAUUAGUUCCCAAAGACAAAAGGAAAAUCCAGCCCAGGGAGACGUCCACCACGACGGCCCCCAGGAGGCCUGGUCAAGCUGAGGGAAAGGACCCCAAGAAGCCAACUGAGUCAAAGAAGAACCCACCCAACCCAGGCGAUGUGAAAAAAGGAUCCAGGAAGCCGGGAGAGGGGAGGACAGCUCCCCCCAAACCAGGUGCAGCCAAGAAGGCCCCCAAGAAAGGCCAGCAGACCAAGGACCAGGAGGCAAGACUGGGUGAGGCCAAGAAGUCCUCCCAACAGCCAGACAAGGCCACACAGGCCCCUCCCAUUGCCAGUGGGCCCAGCGGGAAGUCAGAGGUCAAAGCAGAUACCAAGGCCCACAGGAAAACAAAGCCUGGGAGUCAGAGUUCCAAACCCACGGUCACCAAGGGCGAGGAUGCUGCUGCUUCCCCAGCCAAAAAGAAGAUGGGCAGCAAGGUCCCUAAAAAGCCUGCUGCACAGGGGGCCGGGGAGGGGCCUAAAGCCAAGGCCCCUGUUCCUCCCAAGGGCAGUGGGUCCAAGAUGGAGCCUGUACCACUGGCCAGGAAGGCAGAGGCCCCUAAAGGCCCGAGAAAGCCUGGCAUUCCCACCAAGUCCUCUUCGUCCAAAGUGGCCAGUAAGAAGGCAGAAGCCGAGAACUAG